GCAAACACUUGCACCAAUGAGACGACUAGAAUUAUGUGGUUGGACUUGGGCGUUCAUGUUCCUGCUAUAUAUAGUUCGAACAUACUCCAAUUGAGAACUCAAACCAUACACCAAGAUGAGUCUCGUAACCAAAUCUCUCUCUAUUUCUCUCCUACCCUUAUUUCUCUCCCUCAUCCCAUUGCUUCACAUCAAAGCCCUUGCCCUUGACACAACAUCAUCUAAUAGUCUUGUUAACACCAUUAAUAAUGCUAGCAACGAGACUGAUUUCCACGCUUUAUUGGCCUUCAAGUCAAAUAUAGUCCUAGAAUAUCAACCGGCCUUGAGCUCAUGGAAUGAAUCUCUCCAUUUAUGUGAUUGGGAAGGUGUCAAAUGUGGCCGUCGACACGAACGAGUCACCAUUAUAGACCUCACCUCCAGAGGUCUAGCGGGUUCUUUGUCUCCUUAUAUCGGAAACCUCAGUUUUCUCCGAGAGCUUAGCCUCUUUAACAACACUUUCACUGGUGCAAUUCCAAUUGAACUCGGUAAUCUUUUCAGGUUACAAAAACUACAUCUGGGCUUUAACGGUUUCGAAGGAAAAAUUCCAACAAGCCUAUCUCGUUGCUCUAAUCUCAGGUUCCUUAGUGUAGAAAAAAAUAAGCUAGUUGGAGAGUUUCCAAAAGAACUUACUUAUUCAAUGUUGAGACUCGUAUCACUCUACAUUCAUGAGAACAAUUUAACCGGAGGGAUUCCUCCACAGAUUGGGAAUCUUUCUUCUCUGGUAAACUUUAGAGCCAAAGAAAAUCCAUUGGGAGGAAGUAUUCCAAAUGCUUUGGGUCAAUUGAGAAACCUAAAGAAACUUGGAUUGGAUGCCACUCAAAUUUCAGGUACCAUCCCUCCUUCCUUAUACAACCUAUCGUUGCUACAAAUAUUGUCGGUGCCUUCUAAUUAUCGACUUCAGGGUAGUCUUCCGCCGAAUUUCGGUCUCAUGUUCCCUCACCUUCAGAUCCUUCGUCUAUACGAAAACCAAUUUAAUGGUCCAAUUCCGCUUUCAAUAUCCAACUCUUCGGAGUUGGAAAACCUGGAUUUGAGUGAUAACAAUUUCAAUGGAAAAGUAAGAAACAAUUUCGGAAACUUGCAAAAUCUCCUGUUCAUAAUUCUAGGUUAUAACAAUUUUGAGACCAAAGGAUCUGAUGGACUUGCCUUUCUUAGUUCUUUGACCAAUUGUAGCCACUUGAAGAGGUUAGAUUUGGAGAAUGGUCAAUUUGGAGGGGUAUUGCCGGACUCUGUGGGCAAUCUAUCAACCUCUGUCUUUUUCUUGGCACUAGAUGGAAAUCAAUUGUAUGGAUCUAUUCCUUCUACAAUAGGAAACCUUGUGAAUCUUGAAAUCUUAGGUCUGAAUGAUAACCUAUUCACAGGCCCAAUUCCCGGUAUCAUAGGUUAUCUGCAUAAGUUGCAAAUAUUGGCAUUUUCAAACAAUAAAAUCUCAGGUGAAAUUCCAAAGUCGAUUGGAAACAUGUCAGUGAUGAAUAAACUUUACUUGGAGGAAAACAGACUUGAGGGAGCCAUACCGUCGAGUCUUGGGGACUGUCGUAAUUUGUUAGAAAUACUACUAAAUAAAAAUAACCUUAAUGGGAGCAUACCAAGACAACUUUUGAUGGUCUCUUCUCUAUCAAUUGCGUUGGAUCUCUCUCACAACCGUUUGUCUGGAUCCUUGCCACUUGAGAUUGGAAACCUCAAACAUUUAGCAAAAAUUGAUAUCUCCGAGAAUGGUUUGUCUGGUAAAAUUCCUGGGACUCUUGGAAGCUGUAGAAGCCUUGAAAACUUGUAUUUGCAGGAAAAUUCCUUUCAAGGAUCUAUUCCUUCAUCAAUGGAAUCCUUGAAAGGUAUUCAAAAUUUGGACAUUUCACACAACAACUUAUCUGGUCAAAUUCCGAGAUUUUUAGGGACAUUUGCCCUGAAGAAUCUCAAUUUGUCUUUCAAUAAUUUCGAAGGAGAGUUACCAAUGAAUGGUGUUUUUACAAAUGCAAGUGCAAUAUCAGUUGCCGGAAACUAUAGGCUUUGUGGUGGAAUUUCUGAACUACGACUAUCUCGGUGCACCACGAAAAAACCAAGAAAUAGAAAGUUUCUUUCACGAACUUUAGGAAUCACUGUAGCUUCAAUACUCGUGGGUGUAUCCGUAGUGUCGUCUUUGAUCAUAAGUUUGUUCAAGAAGAAAAGAAAGACCAAACCUACAGUUUCAUUACUGAAAGAUCCAUUCUUGAAAGUCUCUUAUGGAGAACUUCUCAAUGCAACUGAAGGUUUCUCUUCGACGAAUCUGCUUGGUUUUGGUAGUUUUGGCCGUGUGUAUAAAGGUGUUAUUGAACAAAACGGGGAGUUAGAUGUUGCGGUCAAAGUAUUUGACCUUCAAACUCGUGGCGCUACCAAGAGUUUCAUGGUUGAGUGUGAAGCCUUAAGGAAUAUUCGACACCGAAACCUGGUGUCGAUCAUAACUUCUUGUUCUAGCAUUGACUUUCAAGGGAAUGAGUUUAAAGCUCUAGUUUACGAGUUCAUGCCGAAUGGAAGUCUAGAUAAUUGGUUGCAUCCUAUUCAAGAAGCAAAUAAUGUGGAACAUGAAUUCGUGGGACUCGAUCUUCUACAAAGAGUAGACAUUGCCAUAGACGUGGCUUGUGCACUCGAUUAUCUUCAUCACCAAUGUGAAAUGCCAAUUAUUCACCGUGAUUUAAAGCCGAGUAAUAUUCUUCUUGAUGGUGACAUGGUUGCCCAUGUUGGAAAUUUCGGUCUAGCUAAAUUUCGUGCAGAGCUCACCACUCCAAGUACUAGUAGUUCAACUACAAUAAGGGGAACCAUUGGAUAUGCAGCUCCAGAGUAUGGUCUCGGAAGCGAGAUGUCAACUAGCGGAGAUGUUUAUAGUUAUGGGAUCUUGUUGUUGGAGAUGUUAACAAGGAAGAGACCUACUGACAAAAUGUUUGAGGCAGACCUUAAUCUUCAUAACUUUGCAAGAAUUGCCUUGCCUCAACGUGUGAUGGAGAUUGUAGACCCUAUGCUUUUAACCGAGGUGACAAAUGGCAGCAAAAUGAUGGAAAAUCUAACCUCCCUCAUCAAGAUAGGAUUGACAUGCUCUACAAAGUCCCCAAAAGAUCGAAUGAAUAUAAAUACUGCACUCCAUGAGCUUCAUCUGGUCAAGAACAAUAUUUUGAAGGUCCGAACAUCGGGAAUCCGAAGCUCGCACGUUUGACAAAUUUGCUCGGCACACUCUAGGUGAGUCUUUUAUUUGCCUUCCUUAAUUUGCUUGAAUUUUCGGAUGAGAAGCAUGCAUGCUUUGUUUUGGCUUAAUGGGAGAACUUAUUGUUUCACCUGUGCUAUUAUCUUACAAAUAUGCCAAAUUUUAUAAGGAUUUUGAACCACGUGAAGAAAAAAGAAACGCAUGCUAUCUUUUAAACUUGCCAUGAUUUAUAUGAAAACGGAUAAUUUAGGAUUCGUCGCUAUUAAUGACAUGUGGUUCAAACAGUGCCCCGACAGCUAGGGGAAGUGAAUAGUUAGGCGAAGUAAUAAGAGGAGAUCACAGCCAGAUGAUCGUUGUCACACCCCAAAAAUGAUAAGUGACCGACCGUGUACCACAAGGCCAACUCAUGGAACACGUAGCCUAGAAUAAAAUAAGUUGUCGAACAAUAAUGAUUUUUUUUUUAUUAAAUAAAUCCAAAGCCAAAUAAAUCCCAAUCAUAAACAUGGGGCAAAACCAUCCCAUGAACUAGCCAAUAAAAAUUUACCACCAACAAUAUAGUAAUCCCAUUUUACUCAAAAGCUAUACAAAAUGCUGAAGCGAUGAUUAAAAUCUUUAUACUAAAUGCAAUAUCCUAUGGAGGUCAAUAAAAAGAAAUCUCCAAGAUGCCACCAGAGUCUUUGCCUAAAUCCCCAACUUGCCUGGAAAAGGAGUUGGAAUAUAUCCGUCAGCUGACGAGCUCAGUGAAUAGAAAGUAUGUAUAAUAAAUAAAGUUGAAAGCGGGGAUUAAAAUAAUUUACCAUUAAAUCAUAGUUUGGCAUACGAGGUGUCCAAUAGAAUAACAAAUUAAUCAACGAAGCAUUUAACCAAAUAAAUAUUCUUGGUGGUGAUUACAACAUUAACUUCAUCAACAAUGGGGAAUUACAAUCAAACAGUACCAUGGUCAAAAUAUAUCUCAUCAAAAUUGGAUCCAAUAUCGAACUUGGAGUAGUCACCAGGGUUGGCAGCCCAUGGUACUUUUCCCUAAGACAAUCCGGCGAAAGAAAGCCGUUGAGCAUUAGGGUCACCGGCCUAACACGGUCUUUUCCCCAAUGGCCAGGGUGACCAACACGAGAAGGAAUAAUUUUCCUGGACUUCCGAAAUAAAUGUUUCUAUUAAUAUCCACCAAGUUCUCACCAAAAGGAAUAUUAACAAUUGAUCUUAGAAAAUUCAUCGCAUGCCAAUUUAUAAAACAACUUAUAAACAGUUUUGAGUCUCCGAAUAACAUUAUAAAUUUCUGAAGGAAAUACUUUUAUGGGACACGGGGAACUUUCGAAAAUACGUAACAUACUUAAUUACUCACCUGAAUCCAAAGAUAAUGUAACAACAUGAAAUGAGGUUAACCUGAACAAAAGGGACAUAAUUAACUAAAAUAGAUAUAACGCUAACCAUGAAACUAGCAAGGGAUCAAUGUACUAAUAAACUACCCAACCUCAAUCUAAGAUACUAACUAAAUCAGUAUCUAGCCAAAACUAUAACAUCCAACUUUGAUUUCCGGUUCCCAGCACUAUCUCUCCCACGUAGCCAUGCGCCACCUGUUCCAAUUCCCAAACUCUUAUCAAAUAGACUUUGUUCA